GGUUCAAGAGGACGACUCCGUUUCGGAGCCGGGAACCCAUUCGGGCGCAAAAGUUCUUCCGCAGGAGGCACUGGAAGCAAGAAGCUGUUCACUGUCCCGCUGCGUCUGCCUUCCUUCCAAGCGCUCCGCUCGCUUCCCUUCUACCCUGCAGAGCUCGUCGCCCUCGAAACCUAACCAUGGAAGAUGACAGAAACGGAACGGAAGCGGCGGCGGACGACGGGGAGGAGCCAAUGAUCGGGCCGGGCCCCGCUGCUCGAUCCCGUCCUAAGCGCCCACUCCAGUUCGAGCAGGCCUUUCUCGACUCUCUUCCCUCCGCUAACAUGUAUGAGAAGAGCUAUAUGCACAGAGAUGUCGUGACGCACGUUGCAGUUUCUGCGGCAGAUUUUUUUAUAACUGGAAGUAUUGACGGGCAUUUGAAGUUUUGGAAAAAGAAGCCUUCUGGCAUAGAGUUUGCUAAACAUUUCAGGUCUCAUCUCGGUGCCAUUGAAGGGUUGGCUGUUAGUGUUGAUGGUCUUCUUUGCUGUACAAUAUCGAGUGACCGAUCUGUGAAGAUUUAUGAUGUUGUCAACUAUGACAUGAUGGUUAUGAUGCGCUUGCCAUAUACACCUGGUACAGUUGAAUGGGUAUAUAAGCAUGGUGAUGUCAAAGCUAAACUUGCUAUUAGUGACAUGAACUCCCCUUAUGUUCAUGUAUAUGAUGCUCAUUCUGGUUCCACUGAACCUGUAAUAUCAAAGCAGGUUCACAUGGCACCAGUUAAAGUUAUGAAGUAUAAUCAUGCAUAUGACACUGUGGUAUCUGCAGACACAAAAGGUGUUCUGGACUACUGGUCUCCAUCCACUCUUGAGUUUCCGGAAAAUGUAGUAAGCUUCAAUUUAAAAUCUGAUACAAAUCUCUUCGAUAUUGCAAAGUGCAAGACAAUUGUCUCUGCUAUAGAGGUCAGUCCAAAUGGGAAGCAGUUUUCUGUUACAUCUCCUGAUCGCAGAAUACGCGUAUUUUGGUUCAAAACAGGGAAAUUAAGGCGAGUAUAUGAUGAAUCAUUGGAGGUGGCCCAAGACCUUCAAAGGAGUGAUGUUCCACUGUACCGGUUAGAAGCGAUAGAUUUUGGGAGAAGAAUGGCUGUUGAAAAGGAAAUAGAGAAGACAGAAAAUGUUCCGCAGAUUAAUGCCAUUUUUGAUGAAAGCUCUAACUUUCUUCUUUAUGCAACCCUGCUUGGUAUAAAGAUUGUCAACUUGCAGACAAAUAAAGUUUCUCGAAUUCUUGGAAAGGUGGAGAACAAUGAGCGCUUCCUAAAAAUUGCUCUUUACCAAGGUGACAGAAGUAGUAAAAAAGUUAGGAAAAUACCUGCUGCUUCAGCAAAUGUUAACGAGAGCAAAGAGCCCUGGACAGACCCCACUUUACUUUGUUGUGCUUUUAAGAAGCACCGUAUAUAUUUAUUCAGCCGGAGGGAACCAGAGGAGCCUGAAGAUGCAACCAAGGGAAGGGAUGUCUUCAAUGAGAAACCACCUCCUGAAGAACUUAUGGCAGUUUCUGAUAUUGGGAAGGCUGUAACCACAUCUUUGCCUGACAGUGUGAUCUUACACACAACACUUGGAGACAUACACAUGCGACUGUAUCCUGAUGAAUGCCCUAAGACAGUUGAAAAUUUUACAACACAUUGUCGGAAUGGGUAUUAUGACAAUCUCAUUUUUCAUCGGGUGAUUAAAGGAUUCAUGAUUCAAACUGGUGAUCCAUUAGGAGAUGGUACUGGCGGACAGUCCAUUUGGGGAAGGGAGUUCGAAGACGAGUUCCACAAAAGCUUGAGACACGACAGGCCCUUCACUCUGUCAAUGGCAAAUGCUGGACCAAAUACAAAUGGUUCGCAGUUCUUUAUAACCACUGUUGCAACUCCAUGGCUGGAUAACAAGCAUACCGUUUUUGGCCGUGUCGUAAAGGGCAUGGAUGUAGUUCAGGCAGUAGAAAAGGUGAAGACAGAUAGAGCAGACAAGCCAUAUCAAGACGUAAAGAUAUUGAAUGUGACGGUUCCUAAAACCUAGCCCAUUUUCGUAUUAUUAUUAAUUUUUUUUUUCCAAUUGCGCUACAGCAUCCCACAGUGAAAAAUUGCAUGCCUUUACAUGCUUUCUUGGGGCAAGGCUGAAUGGGCUUUCCUUCGUUUGUCCGGGGGAGAAGGGGGAAUGGUUUCUGGUUCAUAAUGAGUUGCUUGGAGAUGUUUGUAACCUGUAGGAUUCUUUGCGUAAUUUUCAAGUAGCUCUGGUUGGCAUC